AUGGCGAAUAAACUGCAGCCAGAGGAGCUACAGGAUGUUAUUCUCGCUCUGUGUGAAAUUUUCAAGUGCUCUAUCUGCUUGGAGGCUCUCCAGAAAGACACGACAUCUUGCAUAAACGGUCACUGCAUCUGCACCAAUUGUAGGGGCAAGCAAGAGACGUGCCGGAGAACGUUCUCCAACGUCGUGCAGAACUGUCUCGUCAGUCAAGUGCUUGAUGUCAUCCCGCACACUUGUCGCUACAAGAACUGUUGGUACCUUGUCACCGCCAAAGACGACCACGAGUCAUACUGUGCCUACAAACCUACCCAGUUCAAGAACUGUGAGUGGCAAGGCCCUGCGGUGGAGCUGACAGAUCACUUCAAACAGGAACAUCCGGAGAAAAUGGUGUUCCUCGAGAAAACACAACCCAUCCGUACGUUUUGUGAAAAUUUCAAAACCGAUUUCACCUUCACCUCCCAAUUCUCUAUAUACGGACAUUUCCUCUGGCUCGUUAAAGAUCUCAAUGUGGCCACAGGAGUUUUGAAGUUCACCUUCAUCCCAGUGUUUUGCGACAAACCCAAGCAUGACAUCAAUGUGAAGGUGUCGUUCCAAGCAGAUGAGAAGGAGUAUAAAGUGAGCACCAGAGUAAGGAUGGAUGUCAGCGUAGAUGUAGAGAAGGAUAAUUGUCUUCUCGUCCCUGUGUCAAUGCUACAUCACUUCUACAGCAAGGAGAAUAAAGACAUUACCUACAGUGUGUUCAUAACAAAGGCAUAA